AUGAGUCUAUUCGAUGAUCUCCCUGAGCCAAGUGUGGAAAGCAAUGAUCUACAGAAACCUGAAAUAUUGGUAGGAGACUCCAGUUGGGAUGAGUCGGAAUCUGUUGUUAAACUUACUCCAUAUCUUUGUUCUGUUGUCGCCAGAAAAGGUGAGAGACCGGAAAUGCAGGAUUCCCAUAUUGUGGUCGAUAACUUGGUAGAGCUAAUGUAUCGAGGAGUCUCCAAUGAAAUAGCUAGAGUGUGCUAUUUCGCUAUUUUCGAUGGACAUGGAGGAGCUAAAGCAGCUAAUUUUGCUUGCAAGCGUUUACAUCAACAUAUAGCCAUGCGAUUUCCUCGAGGUGGGAUGCAACAGGUAGAAAAGGAUAUUAAACGUGUGUUAUACGACUCUUAUAAGAAAACAGAUGAGGAGUUUUUGAGAGAGGCUUGCCAGCAGCGCCCUCACUGGAGAGAUGGUAGUACAUCAGCAACAAUCCUAUUGGUCAAUAACACACUAUACAUUGCAAAUCUUGGUGACUCUAAAGUUGUCCUAGCCAGAUUGGUUGAGUCCCCAUCUGAAUCUAAUAACGUUGAUGUCAAUAGUAGCAAUACUUUAAGUAAUCCAAAAUUGAGUGCAAUCUGUUUAACAAAAGAUCACAACCCCAUGGAUUAUGAAGAACGACAGCGUAUUCAAGCCACCGGAGCUUCUGUUCAAAAUGGUCGUGUUAAUAAUGUCCUAGAAGUUAGUCGGUCAUUUGGUGACUAUCAAUUUAAGAAACAAGGUGUUACUUGUAUCCCGGACGUGAAAAAGUGUCAGCUAACGGAUAAUGAUCAAUUCCUGUUAAUAGCUUGUGAUGGUCUGUGGAAAAGUUUCCCUCCGAAUGAAGCUGUUCAUCUCACUCAUGAACUUUUGAUGCAAGAGAUUAAAAAGUAUGAAAAUGAACACAGAGAAUCACAAAAUGGUCAAUGUACUGAUUAUUCUCAGAUUUUGUGUCAACGGCACCUGGACUCAGUGUGCACGCAUUUGGAGAAUACUUCGGUAGCAACAUAUCUGAGUGAAGAUGUCAAAUAUCCAGAUUUCUAUUUCAACUAUCUUCUGAAAAACCAACUGUGUAUUUUUGACUCUUGGAUUACUAAAAACUGGCCAGCAUGUUUUUCAUGGCGUUCCCCUGAUGGACUGAUUGACUUAAAAAAAAUAUUCGAAAAUGUUCCAGACGAGAAAUUAUGUGUUUCUGAUUGUUCUGUAAUCGAAUUCAACACACAUCCUGUUCGUGAAGUCACUGUUGAAGAAUUUAUUUCGUAUUGGACUGAUAAAGCUCAAGGAAAAGAUGAUCGCAUUCUAUAUUUGAAAGAUUGGCAUUACUUUAAAAAGAGUUCAGAAAACAGUUGGUUCACGUUACCUGAAUAUUUUUCUUCUGAUUGGUUAAAUGAAUUUUGGAGCCUACGAAAUGAUCUCUCUGAUGACUUCAAAUUUUUAUAUUUAGGGAGUCAUGGAACGUGGACACCUUUACACGCUGAUGUGUACCGUUCUUUCAGUUGGUCUGCCAAUAUACUUGGCCACAAGCGUUGGUGGAUUUUUCCUCCUGGUGAAGAAAGAAAGCUCUUAUCAUCCAACGGACAAAUUCCUUUUGAUAUACGCUCCAUUAUAAAAGACAGGACAGAUGUGAAGUAUUAUUUAGUCGACCAAUAUUCUGGACAAGUGGUUUUCGUACCUUCUGGAUGGUAUCAUCAGGUUGUAAAUAUGACUGAUUGUAUAUCUAUAAACCAUAAUUGGUUCAAUGCUACAAAUGUAAGUCAUGUUUGGGAUCAUUUACAAGAUCAAUUGAAAGCUGUUGAAGUGUCAACUCAAGACGUAUCUUCUAUUCCUGGAUGGCAUGAAGAGUGUCAGUAGUGACUUAUGCUGAGUCAAGAAAUAUUGGAAAUUCGAAUUGAUACUCAUUGGGACAUCACAAAUCUACCACUGUAUCCAAUAUUCAAUUACUUUGAAAUUAUGAAGUCUAAUAUUGAUAAUGAUACUAAGAUAUUGUGUACUACGUGAAUGAACAAGCUGAUAUAUAUGCAGUAUACUGAAUCAAAGUUGUUUUCUUCUGGAAGAAAACUUAGUUCAUAAAGAAUCAAUGCUAUCAGAUCGUCUAAAAUUUAGCGGUCAAAUUAACCAUUGUAUUAUUUUGAAUUUCAAUCCUUACAAAUUGUAUUUUGGUGUACAUGAGAAGUUCUAGAUUCAUUCUGUAAUUCAUUUAGUGUACUUCUUUAUUUCAUAGUGUGUAGUGCUCACAAAUAAGUUAUUAUUACCGUUAUGGUAAUUAACCAUAUUUUUUGUUACCUUAAACUUGAUAUAUCCUGUUUAAUUUCCAAUAGAUCAUCUUCAUUCACUCCAUCUUGUCUCAUUGUUUUCUUCGAU